AUGGCUUGGCUCCGUCAGAGUCGAGGUUCUCCCCGACUCGUGCUGGUGGUGGUGUGUGUCGCUCUGCUGCUCGACAACAUGCUGCUGACUGUGGUCGUGCCGAUCAUCCCGACCUUCCUCUACGCCAUGGAGCAUCCCAGUUCAGAGCUCCAGACUGCCCAGCCCUCCCUGGUCCCUGUGCCCAGCCUCAGUGCACCACGCUUGGGCACGGUGACCGCACAGUCCCCCUCCCCCAGGUUAAACUUCCAGACCUCCAGCAGGAGCUCGGAUCUCCCUCAGCCCAGCCACAGUGCACCGGUCCUGGGUACACAGUCAGAUCAGAGCCCCCGGUUGUCUCCUCUGGUGUCCCUGUUUGACAACUCUACCUUCAGCCUGCAGGAGAUUCGGACUGAGCCCACCCCUUACCAAGAGACCAUGGACCGGAGUGGCCUGAACACAGAACAGGAGAUCAACGCAACUACAGAGUCCUCAUGUCUUCAGGACAGUGUGUUUCUGGAGGAGGAAAAUGUUCGAGUUGGUUUGUUGUUUGCCUCUAAAGCUAUCGUCCAGCUGCUCAUCAACCCCUUCGUUGGACCGCUCACCAACAGGGUCGGGUAUCACAUCCCCAUGUUUGCUGGUUUCAUCAUCAUGUUUGUGUCAACCAUCAGUCUAGGUAUGCUGGCCACUGUGUACACAGAUGAUGAGGAGAGAGGCAUUGCGAUGGGCAUCGCACUGGGAGGACUGGCUAUGGGAGUCCUGAUUGGAGCUCCAUUCGGCAGUGUGAUGUAUGAGUUUGUAGGGAAGCGCGCUCCCUUCCUGAUCCUGGCCUUCCUGGCUGUGUUUGAUGGAGCAUUACAGCUGUUCAUCCUCCAGCCUUCAAAGAUCUCCCCAGGGAGUGUGGAGGGGACGCCAUUACUGACGCUGUUGAAGGACCCGUACAUCCUCAUUAGUGCAGGUUCUCUGUGUUUUGCCAACAUGGGUGUGGCCAUCCUGGAGCCGACCCUGCCCAUCUGGAUGAUGCAGACCAUGUGCUCCCCUAAAUGGCAACUUGGUAUAGCUUUCCUCCCUGCCAGUAUCUCCUACCUGAUAGGAACGAACCUGUUUGGUGUUCUGUCCAACAAGAUGGGACGGUGGCUCUGCUCCAUGAUAGGGAUGUUUAUCGUUGGCAUCAGUCUGCUGUGUGUUCCUUUUGCCACCAGUAUCUAUGGCCUGAUUGGACCUAACGGAGGUUUGGGCUUCGCUAUAGGUAUGGUGGACACCUCCAUGAUGGCCAUCAUGGGUUACCUGGUUGACAUCCGUCACGCCUCCGUCUACGGCAGCAUCUAUGCCAUCGCAGACGUGGCGCUGUGUCUGGGGUUCGCUAUUGGACCAUCUACAGGGGGCGCUCUGGUUCAGGUGGUGGGUUUCCCCUGCCUCAUGGUGUUUAUCGGGGUGAUCAACAUCCUGUACGCGCCACUCUGCUUCCUGUUACGUAACCCUGCAGUCAAAGAGGAAAAAAUGGCCAUUAUUGACCAGGAGUGUGUGAUGCACAGGACCUACAACACACAGAACGAGAGUCGUGAGUUUCCUCUCAGCGACUACAGCGAAGAAGAGGAGGCAAUAGAGUGACACACACACACACACACGAAGAUGUUCAUGUUGUGAUGUUCCGGUGUCUGCAUAAAAACCCUUGAUAUAUAAUUGAUUGAUUAACCAUAACUGUAGAAUACCAGUUUAUUAAGUGAGGGCUCUAUAUAAAAUGUCAUUGUAGAUUGAUGGAUGGAGUGUGAACGUUUACAGACAACUAAUGUGAUGUGAAUAUGUAAAUGGCAAUUCUAUUAAAAGAAGACCGUAUAGAGUGGUGCAGUGAUGACGUAUUUUUGUACAGUGGGCCGACCUGGAAGUUAGCAUCGCAAAGAGCUCCCUCAACAAAAAGCCAAUGAUUUUUUUUUGCGUAAAUGCAAUCUAUAGUGAAACCCAACGUUAGACUAUAAACAAACUACAAAUCACGGUCACAUGGCUGAGCACCUCCAUCGUUAAGCUAAAGAGGCUAAUGUAUGCCGUGAUGACAUUUACUAGUCUCAUUUAGACACUUGUUAGCAACCGCGGUUUUCAUAACACAUAGGAGCUUCGGACAUUCCCGGGUGGGGUGUACAGUAUACUCAUGUGUUUUAUGUCGUAGAAGAAAACGUAAAAAUCUUGUAAGCUUGAGUUAACAACAGACCUAAUUUCAGGCUUCUAACAACAAACACAUACAAAAAACCUUUGAAUUCGAGAAGGGAGGGAGCAGGAAGUGGUGAAAGUAUUUUCCGGGUUUUAGGACUCAUUACUGCACCACUCUGUUGCCUCCAACUGACCAUUCGCUAAGGACCACCCACUGAGCUACCGUGGCUACUUGUGUCUUGCUACAGUCUGGAAGAUUUACCAUCAAAUAAUUGUUUAACAUUGAAACAAUGUGUCCUGAAUUCAGUCAGAAAUAAAACUGGUGCUUAAACAGUUAGUCAAUCAGUUAGCAAAAAUGCUAAAAGCACAAAUUAAAUUGGACAUUGUACCAAGCUAAUUCGUAAUCACUAUACGAGGUCUGCCUGUAUGCGUUUUAUGUUAAAAAUGAUGUAAAAAUCCU